CCAACAUUAAAUUCACCAUUUUUAUAACAAACCCAACUCUUGUCUUUGAAUUUUGAAGGAGUUUCAGUUUCAUUUUCAUGGCGGCCGACCUCGUGAAGGAAAUAUUGGCAAGGCCAAUACAAUUGGCAGACCAGGUGAGCAAGAGUGCGGAAGAGGCACAAUCUUUCAAACAAGAAUGUUUAGAGUUCAAAGCCAAGACCGAGAAGCUAGCGGCGCUUUUACGCCAAGCAGCGCGUGCUAGUAGUGAUCUCUAUGAGCGUCCAACCCGUCGAAUCAUUGAUGACACAGAACAAGUCCUCGAAAAAACGAUUGCAUUGGUUAUGAAGGCUCGUGCGAAUGGCUUCAUGAAGAGGGUUUUCACAAUUAUCCCCACUGCAGCGUUUAGGAAAACGUCCAUGCAGCUUGAGAAUUCUAUUGGGGACGUGUCUUGGCUCCUAAGAGUGUCAGCCUCGGCCGAUGAUCGUGACAAUGGCUAUCUUGGUCUUCCUCCAAUAGCAGCCAAUGAGCCAAUUCUAUGUCUUAUAUGGGAACAGAUUGCGAUUCUAUACAAUGGGUCUACGUCGUUAGAUGAUCGUUCUGAUGCGGCUGCUUCUUUGGUUUCGUUGGCUCGGGACAAUGAUCGAUAUGGAAAGCUGAUUAUUGAGGAAGGUGGAGUGGUUGGACUUUUGAAAUUGGCCAAAGAAGGAAAAUUGGAGGGUCAGGAGAAUGCUGCUAGGGCGAUUGGGUUGUUGGGACGUGACCCGGAAAGCGUCGAACACAUUGUGAAUUCUGGUGUUUGCUCAGUGUUUGCAAAAAUCCUCAAAGAAGGUCAUAUGAAGGUUCAAACUGUAGUGGCUUGGGCAAUCUCGGAACUGGCUGCAAAUCAUCCCAAAUGUCAGGACCAUUUUGCGCAGAACAAUGCAAUUCGGAUGCUUGUAAGUCAUCUUGCGUUCGAGACGAUUCAAGAACAUAGAAAGUAUGCCAUUGCUAGCAAACACCAAAUGUCAAUUCAUUCUGUUGUGAUGGCGAGUAAUAAUCCGAAUCCAAAUAAUCAUAGAAAAGAACAUGAAGAUGAUGAUAAGCAAAGCAGUCCUCAAAUUGGUCAUCCAAUGGGGAACAACACUCCUAGCCAGAUGCAAAAUUUGGUUACUAACACCAUGGCCAUGAGGGGCCAGAAUAACCCUGGCCAGUCAAAGCCACAGGCAUCACAAAACCACGGAGCACAUCACACUCCUGACCACUCUAAGAGCAAUGCAAAACAGCACCCCCACCAUCAUCAUCAUAAUCAGCACCAGCACGUUAAGUUAUCGGGUGCAAGCAUUAAGGGGAGGGAAAUGGAAGAUCCGGCUACUAAGGCUGAGAUGAAGGCAAUGGCAGCAAGAGCCCUUUGGCAGCUAUCAAAGGGAAAUGUAUCUAUUUGUCGGAACAUCACAGAAUCCAGAGCACUUUUAUGCUUUGCUGUUUUGUUAGAAAAAGGACCUGAAGAUGUUCAAUCCUAUUCAGCUAUGGCAUUGAUGGAAAUCACAGAAGUGGCUGAGCAAAAUGCUGACUUAAGACGCUCCGCUUUCAAGCCUACUUCCCCUGCUGCCAAAGCUGUAGUUGAACAAUUACUUAAAAUUAUAGAGAAUGCCAACUCGGAUCUUCUUUUGCCCUGCAUCAGAUCAGUUGGAAACUUGGCCAGGACUUUCAGAGCAACGGAAACAAGAUUUGUUGGGCCCUUGGUUAGACUGCUUGAUGAAAGGGAACCUGAGGUUUCUAUAGAGGCUGCCAUUGCACUUAGCAAGUUUGCAUGCACUGAAAAUUUUCUCCAUGUUUAUCACUGCAGAGCCAUUGUAAAUGCAGGAGGAGCUAAGCACUUAAUUCAGUUGGUUUACUUUGGUGAGCAAAUGGUCCAAAUUCCUGCUCUGAUUCUGCUAUGUUACCUUGCAAUGCAUUUGCCUGAGAAUGAGAUACUUGCACAAGAAGACGUGCUUAUUGUGCUUGAGUGGUCAUCAAAGCAGGCACAUUUGAUCGAAGAACCUUCGAUUGAAUCACUAUUACCAGAUGCCAAAAGUAAGUUGGAAUUAUAUCAGUCUAGAGGUUCAAGAGGAUUCCAUUAA